CAUUUCGGGGCUGGGUCCGCUCGGGCCUGGAACAUUUUGCCGUGCUGGUCCGGAGUUGGCUCGAUCGUUUCCGAGGGCUGCCGGGGGCGAUUCGUCUGUGCCCCUCUGUUGCUCGUCUCUGGGCUGCUUGUUUCCAGAAAAGAAAAAUGUUGUCCGCUGUCCGGAAGAAGCCUGGCAUCUGCCCCAGCCCCAAUGAGGUCCAACAUCAGCUCCAAGAGGAUCGCAAGCAGCGGCGACUAUCUCGUCUAAAAGAGACCCGCGAAAAGGAGCGAGGAUUGGCCGAGAAACAGCGAGUGGCUUAUCGGGAUAUGCAGCAGCGACGGCUUCAAGCCGCCACACAAUUCAAACAGGCGGAAGAACAGCGCAAAACGCAUCAAGCGAUCGAGGAUGAGCAGCGGAUGCAGCAGCAGCUUGGACAUAUCGUUGGGCAGGCUCAUCGUAGCGCUAUCGAGGAGAACCGUCGUAAGACAAAACAAGAGCAAGAAAAUCAAGUGCUGGCCCGACGACGCCUGGAGGUCCAGCAGGAACGAAGUCAGCACGCAUUGCAAUUGGAACUUGAGCAACGAGCCCAUCGGACAAAGUGCGAGCAAACCCGCCGGGAAUUACAUCUAGCGAUCCAUGAACAAGAGCGGGCUCGCGCUCGCUUCAUAGCUGCUAAGCAGAAACUGGUCGAUUGCUCAAGUUUCCCCGCUUGCGAACUGGCGUCUCAGUCUCUUGUUCGUGUGCGUCACGAAUUCUAUCAUCCUGGCGGCGCGCGAAAGUACUCGCACACCGAAUUUCAUCGAGACUACCAUGCUGUCCGAUGCGACUACUCCUCUUCCAAAGCAACCCCCCAAGCCGGCGACAAUGUAGAACUGGUGGCCCAAGAACGUGCCAACGAGAUUCUGUGUCAAGAGGAACGACUCGAGAAGCUUCGCGAUAUAGCCCAGAAACGGUUCCAAAAGGCCAUGGAAGCCGAUGCCAUGAAUCAGAAACGAGAGCAAUUAUGCCAAGAGCUUGACGCUUUGGCUUUCGCAGACCGCCGUCGUCGCCAGUGGACAGGAGUGCGACACUUCACCCCAUUCCGUAAAAACAACGCUGGUGCAAGGCAUCCAGUAUUGAAUGAACGGUUCAAUCAGAAAUUUGCUGCUGAACCCCAAGCGACUAAAACAAACUAUCGUCCAUCUUUUGAAUCGCGAGCCCGUGGCUCGGUCAAGGGUGUCAAUGACGACAGCAUUGAGUUUGUCGUUGAUCCUGUUCACAACUACAUCGGAGCGAAAGAGGACAGUGUGUACCCCUGAGUAUCUCUCACUGCGAUCCGUAGCUCCUGGUGGGCAAGUCAUGUGGCUGUACUCAGCCAUUGCUGCCCAUCGCUUGGCUUUGGCUAGUUUUGGAAGUAGAGUCAUGAAUACACUCUGUGGUGGCGAUCGA